ACUGGAAGCAACCGAGGAUGGUCCACCUUGGUGUGUGGCGCCUGGGGACUCAGCUGAAUGUCCUCAUUCUGGUUUUCUGCAGCAUAUUGAUCCCUUCACCCACACAUGGAUAUAUCUAUGCUCAUUUUCACAACAUGACUUCCUUAUUGUUUGAGGACCUACCUUCUCUUUUUGGACCUUCACUUCCUACAGAAGGUUUGAUGGGAGUUUUAGUGGUGUCCAAGCCCCUGAAUGGAUGCACAACAAUGGACCCGCCUCCUAAGAAUCUAACCAUAAAUAACGCCAACGCCACCAAAUUUAUUGUUCUCAUCAAACGCCUCAGUUGCAAUUUUGAUAUAAAGGUUUUGAACGCACAGCAAGCUGGAUAUAGCGCUGCAAUCGUUCACAACGUGCACUCGGACAUGCUUCUCAGCAUGAACUACAGCAAUGAAACUAUAGCAGACCAGAUUCAGAUCCCCUCUGUUUUCACCAGCAACUACGCUUCAAAGAUGCUCAAAGAGUUCAUAAUUCCAGAAGUUGGGGCCUACGUGAUCCUCAAGCCAGAGUUUUCUUUUCCAAUAUCGUACUACCUCAUUCCUUUCACUGCGGUUGUUGGGAUGGUUAUUAUUGUGAUGUGUGUCAUUUUGGUUAUACGAUGUGUGCAGCACCGAAAACGGCUGACGAAAAAUCGUUUGACCAAGGAGCAAUUAAGGAAGAUUCCAACGCACAAGUUCAGGAAAGGAGAUAACUACGAUGUUUGUGCCAUCUGUUUGGAUGAGUAUGAAGAAGGAGACAAGCUGAGGGUUUUACCGUGCUCACACGCGUACCACUGUAAGUGCGUCGACCCGUGGCUCACGCAGACCAAGAAGACGUGUCCCGUGUGCAAACAACGCGUGACCAAGAAGAACCCGGAGCACUCCGAGUCCGACUCCGAGGAGGAAGCUGUGGGCCACAGAGAGGAUGGAAGGUCGGAGGGCGACGCAGACUCUGAACGCACUCCUCUGCUCCGCCCCUCCAACAUCGGGCCCCCAUCCGGGAGCCCAGCCGACUAUUCAGCCACCACUACCACCACCACCGCCCAGUGCCUCGCCUCUCCUGCACAAUGCGACUCCCCCAUCCUGGGCUACGAAGGCUACUACUCCCCGCAGGAGGACACGGACUCAGAAAGCAGCGACACGGGAGACGACCUGCAGCGCAGUGAUGACGACACGGCCCAACUCAUCGGCAGGGGUCGAGUUCUGGCCUGAGCUGUGUGCAGCCACAGCAGCCAAGUUUUAAUGAACACAAAGGGGCUUUUCUACUUUUGAACAUCGUUACUUUCAGAUGGUAAGCUUCACUUUUAGAGCAACUU